AUGCAAAAUUCAUCAAUAUUUAAUGGAAAAUAUGUAGUUUAAAAAAGAUAUCUUCUGGAUUAUUUGGAGUUGUGUUACUAGGCAAUGACAAGAUUAUUGAUGUAACAAUCAAAAUUGUUAUGGCAUGGAGAAUAACAUGAAUAUAAUGUUAUAAUCUUAUAGUUUUUGAGAAAAGAUCUAUCUUAUUUCAUGAAAAGUCAAAAGAAAUUUUCUUUUAAAUCAACAAUAUAAUUAGAGAUUUAAAUAAUGUAUGUGUUAGAGAGGAUGCAUAAUAAAGGUAUUAUAUAUAGAAAUUUAAAGCCAGAAAAUAUUUUAUUUAGGAUUGA